AGGGUUGGAUUUCCCUGUUGGGUUGCAUCAUCGGGGUCGAUAUUUCCUGCUUAUUUGAUGUGUGCCAGGCUGCUUCUUAUGGAGAGACAGUCCAGGUGACCGCAGGUGCAGCGCCAUUCCAAUGCCGGUGCGCGGAAUCAGAUCAUCGGACAGCCUUCUGAGCCUGGCGACGUGCAUGUUCAUGAAUGUAAACAGGAAAUCCUGCAAAGUAGAAGACUGCAAAAGACAUCCCUCGACAUGAUGCUCCCUGGAGAAGGCAUACAUAAGUUGAGUCAACAUCACUGGGAAAACCUAUCUCUGGACCAAACCCUCCAUUCAAAGGACUGUGCAAACACCCCUCGUCUUACCAGACCUACCACAAAAGCGUCCCGGAAGACACCGCAGCCAUGCCCAACACCGCCACCCCGGAAGCCUGGCGCAUCAAGACCGUCGAAUGGAUCCGCUCCUCCACCCCCGAGCAACGCAAACAAUGGAUCCAAGAAGCGGGGUACAACCUCUUCGCCCUCCCCAGCGACCGGGUCUUCAUCGACCUGCUGACCGACAGCGGCACAGGGGCGAUGAGCGACCGCCAAUGGGGCGCGAUCAUGACCGGCGACGAGUCCUACGCCGGCUCGUCGUCCUUCCACCGCCUCCAGCGCACGGUACAGGACCUCUGCGGGCUGGAGCACAUCCUGCCGGUGCACCAGGGCCGCGCCGCGGAGAACGCACUCUUCUCGGUCCUCGUGCACGAGGGCCAGCUCGUCCCGGCCAACGCGCACUUCGACACCACGCGCGCGCACAUCGAAUUCCGCAAGGCCACCGCCGUCGACUGUCUACCGGACGGCGCGUACGAUGUGACCGACCGCGACCAUCCGUUCAAGGGCAACAUGGACCUGGACCGGCUGCGCGAUCUCCUCGAAGACCGCCACCAGGAUAUCCCCUUCGUCCUGAUGACCAUCACCUGCAACACGAACGGCGGCCAGCCCGUCAGCCUGGCCAACCUCACCGCGGUCAAGGAACUCGCCGACCGCUACGGCAAACCCCUCGUCAUCGACGCGGCCCGCUUCGCCGAGAACGCGUGGUUCAUCCAGCAGCGCGAGCCGCAGUAUCACGAUGUGUCCAUCCGGGAAAUCACCCAGAGGGUCUUCGCGCUGGCGGACGCGAUGCUCAUGAGCGCCAAGAAGGACGGCCUGGUCAACAUCGGCGGCUUCCUGGCCACCCGGCGCCGUGAGUGGUGCGACCAGGCGCUGGAGUAUGUCAUUCUGUUCGAGGGGUUCCGCACGUACGGCGGCCUUGCGGGACGGGAUCUCGGUGCGUUGGCCGUUGGGCUGGAUGAGGUUACGUCGCCGGAGUAUCUGCGCUCGCGCAUCGGGCAGGUCCAGCGGUUUGGGCGGCGGUUGGCUGAGGCGGGGAUUCCGAUCCAGUUGCCGGUUGGCGGGCAUGCGAUUCUCGUUGAUGCGGGCAGGUUCCUCCCGCAGGUGCCGCGCGAGGAGUAUGUGGCGCAGACGCUGGCGGUGGAGCUGUAUGUUGAAGGUGGGGUGCGAGGGGUGGAGAUCGGGACGUUGCUGCAGGGCCGUGACCCUGAGACGGGCGAGGAGCGCUUCGCGGAGACGGAGUGGGUGCGGCUGGCGGUGCCGCGGAGGGUGUAUAGCGAUGCGCAGCUGGAGUAUGUGGCGCAGGCGUUGAUUGCGGUGUAUCAUCGGAGGUCGGAGAUUACGCGGGGGUUGCGGAUUGUGGAGGAGAAGCCGGUGUUGAGGCAUUUUACGGUGCGGUUGGAGCGGAGGGCAUAGUGUAGUAGAGAUAUAGAUAGGUAUUGUCCUACAUUGAAGUUAACGUUAUGUUUUGAG